GGGAGACAAAGGGACUCAGAGAUCAAAGAAUUAAAGGAUUCCUUCAGCUCUGAAUCCCUCUUUCCUUUCGGUUCCAAGUGUCCUUGGGUCGCCAGAACAUCCCUCCUCCUGAUGCUGCACACCUCUGAUUGGCCACCCUCAGCAGAGGUCAGAGGAGCCAUGAGGAACCACACCACUGUCACCGAGUUUGUCCUGCUGGGACUCUCAGAUGCCUGUGAGUUGCAGAUGCUCAUCUUCCUGGGGCUGCUCCUGACCUACCUCCUCACUCUGCUGGGGAAUCUCCUCAUCGUGGGCAUCACCCUCGUGGACAGGCGCCUCCACACCCCCAUGUACUACUUCCUCCGCAACUUUGCUGUCCUGGAGAUCUGGUUCACCUCGGUCAUCUUCCCCAAGAUGCUGACCAACAUCCUGACUGGAUACAAGACCAUCUCUCUCCCAGGCUGUUUCCUACAAAGUUUCCUCUAUUUCUUCCUGGGCACCACAGAGUUCUUCCUUUUGGCAGUGAUGUCCUUUGACAGGUAUGUGGCCAUAUGUAACCCCUUGCGUUAUGCAACCAUCAUGAGCAAAAGGGUCUGUAUAGAGCUGGUUCUUUGUUCAUGGAUGGCAGGAUUCCUUCUCAUUGUCUUUCCAAGUUCCAUCAUACUUCAGCAGCCAUUUUGUGGCCCCAAUGUCAUUAACCAUUUCUUUUGUGACAACUUUCCACUCCUGGAACUCAUAUGUGCAGAUACGAGUCUGAUAGAGCUUCUGGGUUUUAUUGUGGCCAACCUCAGUUUGCUGGGCACUCUGUCCGUGACGGCCACCUGCUAUGGCCACAUCCUCCACACCAUCCUGCGCAUCCCCUCGGCCAAGGAGAGGCAGAAAGCCUUCUCAACCUGCUCCUCCCACAUCAUUGUUGUGUCUCUCUUCUAUGGCAGCUGCAUCUUCAUGUACAUCCGGUCAGGCAAGGGAAAUGAAGGGGAGGACAGGAACAAGGUGGUGGCCUUGCUCAACACCGUGGUGACCCCGAUGCUCAAUCCCUUCAUCUACACCCUGCGGAACAAGCAGGUGAAGCAGGUGUUUAAGGAGCAGGUAAACAAGCUCUUCUUAUAAACCUGUGGAAUUAAGAGGCUGAAACUAAUAUUCCCAGGAAGGCUAACACGAUUCAGGCCCCUGCCAGAAAUGGAGACUUUCCCACUUAGAAAAUUCUCUGCUGCCAUGCUUCUGGGGUGCCAGUCACUAUGCAACUCAGCGUAAACUCAUAAGCUCUCUAGAUCCCCAAAGCAUUUUUAUUAAUUAUCAGAUUUGAAUUAUUCUCUUCAUUCCAUCUGUGUCUGCCUGGCUUCCCAACAGAAUACAAAGAGCUCUUUGGGAGCAGGUCCCAGCUCUGUAAUUCACCACAAGCCUCAAGCACCAACCCAUUGUCAUUGACCAUAUAAAUACUCAAUAAGUACUUGCACCCUAACUGGUUCUUUGGGGUCUGUUGCUCCAACACCCUCAGAGGAGAGGGUGCUAACAGUUCUCUGUUAGCACUGCCCUCAUUUCACACUUGUGCUCCUCUCACAGUAAUACAUCAGCAAGAACUCAACAGAGGACUAAGCCCAAUUGCUUAUUAUUUUGUAUACAAGAUAUUUAUGCUUUUUUAAUUAAAAUUGAUAGAAAAUCCUCAUUUCUAUCGAUAACAGCUCUUCUACCUACUGGUUGGUUACUUCUCUGGGCCUCAGUCUUCCUGUCUCUUGUGCAUUGCUGGUGGGAACAGAAAAUGAUGCAGCCACUGUGGAAAAC